GAGAGCUCCACACAGCCAGGCAGAGAGAAGGGAGUGCGCACAGUUCUGCUUUUCUCAUAAUCUGUGGUUUGCAAGAGAAGAAGCUGCAGCGCAGAUUCAGAGGAGAUAUUUGGGAACAUGCAUGGUGCAAACUGACCUGAGGAAAUAUGUUGACAUUGCCAUUCGAGGAACCUCAUUUGAUGCGUGAGCCGCGGUUCGGUGCCAGUUAUUCCCGUGAAAGCCUGCCUGAGAGCCUGGAGAAGGAGCACGACAGGUCCAACUCUGACAUGAGGGAGGCCGAGGAGGACAUGUCCGACAGAGAGGAGGAGGAGGAGAGGGAGAGCGAGCAGGAUGACAACGGGCUCCCUAAGAAGCGAGGCCCGCGAAAAAAGAAGCCCGGUAAGGAGUUCGAACGGACCAAAGUACGGCGGCACGAAGCGAACACCCGGGAGAGGUGCAGGAUGCACGGCCUGAACGACGCGUUGGAGAGCCUUCGCAAAGUUGUGCCGUGCUACUCAAAAACUCAAAAACUGUCCAAGAUCGAGACCCUGAGACUGGCUAAGAACUACAUCUGGGCCCUGUCAGAGACCCUGAGCGCGGGGAAGAGACCGGACCUGCUCGCCUUCGUGCAGACUUUGUGCAAAGGAUUAUCUCAGCCCACGACCAACUUGGUGGCCGGUUGUUUGCAGCUGAACGCGAGAAAUUUCCUCACAGACCACAACGGAGAGGUCAUGUUCUCUGGCAGGUCGCCAUACGAUGCCGUGUACCCCUACCCGGGCUCAGACGUGAACACGCCCCCCGGGCACAGCGGCAGCAGCGUGGACGGAGGUGCCAAGCCGUUCAGACACUACAGCUACAGCGGCGCGUACGAGCCCUACUACGAGAACCCGUCCCCGGAGGGCGGAAGUCCGCCUUUCGACGGUCAGAUGAGCCCCCCGAUGAACUUUAACGGGAUUUUCUCCCUAAAACACGACGAUCCACCAGACUACGGGAAAGGCAGCCACUAUGGAAUGCGCUACUGCAGUGCGCCAGGACGCACGGCUCUUGCGCACAACUCCAUGUACCGAGUGUCCCCAGAGGGCCGCUUCCCCUAUGAUUUGCACGUCCGCAGCCAGUCCUUCCAAGCACAAGGGGAAGUUAAUGGCUCUUUCCACAAUUAAUCAAUCAGCUGGACAAAGUUCAAGUUUCAGAAGCGAUGCAAUUUCCCCCGCAGAUGUCGAGAGUGGACUCCAGACACGCUGAUGCACUGCAAAAAUGCCAAUUGAAUCAAGUCAUUUAAUGUUGAAUACUCAGUCUUGUUUUUACUUUGAACCAUGAUGUAAAUCUGCAAAUUAGAUAUGAUAAUUUACUUCACAAAACGUGUGUCAAUAAGGCAGAAAAAAGAUACAACGAGGCUUUUGCUUUGGAAUGAAAUUAAACGAUUUCAUUCUGAAGGCAGAUCUCUGGUUCAAUCAACGAACAUUAAAAUGUAAAGGCUCACUGCCCCAUUUGUUUUGCAUAUGGACAACCACAAAUGUAAAGAAAUGGGUUAAGUACAUUGUUUUACAGUUAGAAUGUAUUAUGUAUUUGUUAAUGGCUGCACUGCAGAUGUAAGUCAGGUUAUUUAAAGCUAAUAUUGUGACAAUUCAUUCGAUGUUCUGCCUUUUAAUAAGGUUCCAGCAGUCAGUAAAAUAAUUUUCGUGGCAAAUAAAAUCAGCUAAAUAAACAACCGGGGAAGAAGAAUCUGAAUAACGCUUCGCCUCAUCAGGGAAGUUUGCUGAAACAUGAUUGGAGUUCAGAGAUUCAGUCUGUUAGCAAUAAAGGUCAAUUGAGCUAUGCAAGGCAGCCAAAUGCAAUCUUUGCUUAAACAAUGAUAAAUGUCUAUUUCCAUUCACAAGGCGUUUCUCAUUAUCUAAUAUAUAUUUAAAAUGAUGACAAUUAGGACCUACACAAAAUGAAUUAUUAAAAAAAGUGUUUGGUGCACGUGUUUAGGAGACCUGAUGAUGAUGUCAUCUGAACUGGUCCUAUAAAUACAGGAAGUUUUGGGGGGAAAAAGUUAAAAACUAAAUGCAUUUGUAUUUGGAGUAAAUAGUGUGGCAUCGAGGUGAAUGUAAAUUAUUAUUGUAUUCAUUUAUUUAAGCUUAUUUAUUAUAAGUCCUUCAAUUUGAAUGUGGAUAAUAUAUUAUUAAAACAAUAUUGUAAAAUCAACAGUUGACAUGUGAAUUUCCAUACAUUUAAAGUUUGUUUCUGUUGCAUUGGUGUAUAUUUCACUGCAGAUGGAAGUAAAAUAAAUUUGUGUGAGGUUAACAAGAUGUUUCCAAACUAUAUGGAUCUGAAAAACAUGCCUUAAAAAAAUAGAUGCUGACGUCAAUAUGCAACGAAAUGACAGUUUUGGAUAGUUUGAUGUGAACUUUUUACAGAGUGAUGCACUUCAUGUAUUCCUGCACAAUGUUGGUGACUGUGCUCCCAUAAAUUGAUUUUGUAACUUUACCCGAAUGAAGAAUGAUUAUUGGAUAUAUUCUGAACUUUUAUUUCUCUCUUUAGCACACACACUCUUGAAAACUCGUUAUGGAUCGAAAUAUUCGUGAAGUAAUGUGUUAAUGUUUUGUGAUGUGUUUGUCUCAAUAAAAUUAAGAAGCUGUGAGGGGCUUUCUGUGCAGCUUCUUGACUGUCUGUGAAAACCAUCGACAGGAGGAAAAUGGCGAUUGAAUAAAUGUGAUAUUAAUAAAUCAAAAA